CUACUUUCAAGACGUUUAAUACGACAAUUGCUUUCAGUGUCGCUUCGUUAUUUACUCGUGUUUAUUUUAUUAUAUACUAUUUGUAUAUAUUUUUUCAUCAGUCGCUUGUCGAAUUAUGUUCAUUAUUACUUCAAUUCGUGUCAAUUUGUUGUAAUUCAUUACAGUUUGUUUGUUGUGUUUCGUGUCGAUUUAUAUAUUCAGCUUUCCUUCUCUGUUAUAUCAAUUAAAAAGUAUGUACGCGGGUGAUGAAUUCAGAAAAAUAUUCACAGAUGGUCUGUUUACUUCCGUCCACGGAUCGCAUAUUUCAGAAAGCCAGUUUUAUCCAAAUCUUUGUCACGUAUGCUUCUCUCACAACAGAGAGACGCCCUUAAAAAUUUGUGGCGGAUGCAGAAUGAUCUCCUACUGUGGCAAAGAUCAUCAAAAAAGACACUGGCCAAAACACAAAACUUUGUGCCUCCCAAUUUCAAAUUUAUUAAAAGCAACUGGCGAAUCAAAUAUCUUUGACGCAGUGUCUUCAGUUGAUUCAAAAUCCAAAUCAUUAGAUACGGAACAAUCGCUUGUCUAUCAACACAUCACUAAUGCCUGCAACGACCGGAAGAUUUAUCCGUACGAGUUUCAAAUGAUUCAUUUUAAUAGAAGUUGCGAAGUGUGUGAAGAAACCGAUACAACUCUUUUAAAAAGUUGCGAAAACUGUCCACAAGCGAAUUUUUGUGCAGAUCACGAGGGGCAUCCGAAUCACGUUCAAUAUUGUGACUUGUAUACUAUUUGCUGUUUCUUGGACGCUUUGGAAGUAUCCUUUGGUAAAUUGGGUCUGGAAGACAUGUGUACAAUAUGUGUGCCAAAAAUUUCACGCUUACCACGAUCCAUGGAGGAGUUUAUGAACAUUCCACCAGGUAUCAGCUGUCAGGAUCUAAGUUAUUGGCUCUCCAAAUCCCUUUCUCAAUAUGUAACAAAAGUUUUAACGUUGCUCUACGCCUUGGAGAAAAUUAAUUUUUCUGAAAAUCAAGAAUUGAUAGUAUACGUAAUUGAUAAAAAUACCGAAUUGAUGAGUUAUUACGAAUUAAUUUUAAAUUUUUUACCCCGAGUAGAAAAAAUAAGGAUCAUAUUUACAAGUUUAGUGGCAAGGCCUUCUGAAGAAUACACAUGUCAGAAGGUACCUUCACUUGCGGUUCAGAGAAUUAUUUUCGAGGUUCGUGAAUUCUGUUUCGACAAAGAUCACGCAGACAACAAUAUAUCUAUUCAACCAACCAUUGUUGUGGGAUAUGAUCUUUCUGUUGAGUUUUUGAAAGAAUGUUCAGGAUUGAUUUUAGCUCUGAAAAACUUUAAGUGUCCCUUUCUCUUGACAUCUUCUUGCGAAAAUGAAGCUCGCGACAUUCAUGAAAGGAUGAAGGGAAUAUUUGGCUCUGAAAACGAUUUCUACGUUGAACGGAAUCCUUUUUCGAGUCUAAGGCCAGUCAGAUGUGCCAACGGAUUUGAACGAAUAAGUCACCAGAAUGCCUAUAAUAUCAUUUUUUAUCAGAAUUCGUAUUCUGAAGAUGAUUCUGAUUCAACUCUUGAAAUGAAUUAUGAUUUGCAUCAGGAGUCUUCAUCUACAGCAUCUACCAUUGAUAAUGAUGAUUACGAUAAGUUGGUGAGCGAUCAUCGUGAAUUGUUGGAGGAGAAUAGGCACUACAAAGAGAAAUAUAUUCUGAUGAUGAAAAAGAAUGAAAGUUUGACGAGUACCUUUGAAGAAAUAAAAGAAGAGUGUCUUUCGGGUAUAGAAAAACUGACAAAGGCCAUUCAUAAACUUCAAGUUAAGGUUAAGCAGGAUUUGGAUGAUUGUUCUUGAUGAAGCGAAGAUAAAUUUUUGUUUGCCCUGAACACUGAUAAAAAAAUCAUAUUUAGGAAUGGAUGGAAGGUUUAUUAAAAUGGGUUUCAAAGUAUUUAAAUGUCAAAUCUCAGUAUUUUUUGAAACAAUUAAAAAAAUAUCUUGAACCUCGAAAGUCAAUCAUUUGGAAAUAAGCAACUU